AUGACCGUGACUGCUUCGGGCUCGCGCGAGCAGGCGCGACCUGAUGACUCGGAAAUCGAGCUGGGAAACCUUCGCGGGGGCUCGGUACCAGGCGUGGAGUCGGAUUCGGCGCAGGCGCAGCUGCUUAACAGCGACGUACCGCGUUCAUCGGCUCGUGACCUGCUGCAGAGCGCUAGCGAUGUGGCAGGCCGCUCGGGUGCAGUUGCUGCAGUGAUCAGCUACUGUAUUGCCAGUAUCUCCAUGACAGUGAUCAAUAAGUUUGCUGUAUCCGGUGAGAAGUUCACCAUGAAUUUGUUGGUCCUUCUUUGCCAGUGCACAGUGAGUGUGAUAAUCGUGUUGGUUGCGAAGCACUUGGGCUGGAUUCAGAUUCGCGAGCUUAACAUGCGCGACGUCAAGACAUGGUUCCCUAUCUCUACUAUGCUUGUGAUUGUAAUUUACACAGGCAGCAAAGCCUUGGUAUGUGUGCCUCGCUUACCGCAGCAACAUAUGGACAUUCCCAUCUACACUAUCUUUAAGAAUCUGACGAUUAUCUUAAUUGCUUAUGGGGAAGUAAUCUGGUUCGAUGGUCGUAUUACAUCGAUGGUGUUUUUGUCCUUCGUGCUGAUGGUGGCCUCCUCGGUGAUUGCCGCAUGGCCGGACCUGGCAACGUCUAUCACCCCCACGCUGCACCGACGUGCCCUAAAUGCCGUGGGCAUGUACACGGGAGUUCCAGUUCCCUCUGUUUCAGCGCCAUCCGCCGCGUCGUCUGUGGUCUCUCAGGUGUCACCCAGCGAAGUGCCCAGCCUAGGCACAAGCGGAUACUUUUGGAUGCUCCUCAAUUGCUUGGUCAGCGCUACCUAUGUGCUGGUGAUGCGGAAGCGUAUCAAGCUUACGGGGUUCAAGGAUUGGGAUACCAUGUUCUUCAACAAUUUGCUGAGUAUCCCCGUUCUGCUCAUCAUGUCGCUUCUCGUCGAAAACUGGAGCAAAGAGACAUUCGAGCACAACUUCCCAGCAGAGCGCCGCACAUCCCUUAUCAUCGCGGUCCUUCUGUCCGGCACAGGGGGGGGUGUUCAUUUCCUACACCACAGCUUGGUGUAUCCGUGUCACUAG